CGACUAUACAGUAUUUCAUAGCGUAGAAUGGUUGGGGCUUGGCGCCACCGCAGUAUGACGUCGAGGACAUGUACAACGGACGGGUUUAGGCGGAUCUAACCAUUAUUGCCUUCAGUAACAUAAGGAUGGGAGACAUCGAAGGACCGCCUGCUUACAAGCGGCUUUGCACUUUCCUUCGUCGCACCCGUAAAAAGGGCAGUUGCCAUGUUCCUGUCGCCCCCUACUCCAGACAGUCAACUCCAACCUAGUGUUGACCUUGUCAUCACACAGAGUGUUUCAAAGACAAUAAACGUCCUUAACGGGUUGAACACAGAUGCCAUUCUUGAGUAAAGAGUCGUUCUUUUCGGUUGUUGAAAUUAUUUCCUGACGCUCCUGAGAGCCCGGAUCCGUACCAUGGAUUCUCAUUCAGAGCACCCGACGCCGCACGUGGAGGAGCUACCUGGUGGAUGGAUUGAGACACCGCACGAGCCUCCCCGAUCACGAUCUUACAUAGGACCCGAAGGACAGGGGAGUAGUGAGCUCGAUCGUCAACAAGCCAUCCAGCUUGAUUCUGCGAACUAUGUCGCCAACCAAACCCCUACCAACGGAGGGGCACCUGUGACACAGAGCGCGACAGUGACCGACAGUUCAUAUUCCAACAACACGUCGGAGAACACUGCGAUAGCUUCCUCACAAGCGAAUGCUACGCCAUCAGAAGAAAACUCUCUAAGGGAAAAAGAGGACCAUGACCGUGAGUCUUCAAGUGGCAGCGAGGAAGAAGGGGAGGAAUGUUAUGCUGCCCUCAAACCGGCCUCCUCCGCACCUCCGCGCCCUCAUACUGAGAGGUCGCACUCUAAAUCCCUCGGCGAAGAUGAUAUAUUCAGGGUCUUGUCAAGGCGUAGAACCGCUUCGUUAUCUCGGCAAAGCACAUCGACCACGGUUUCGAGCCACCAUGACGAGCAGGAGGAGAUCGAUAGACUGCUGUCCCGCAUGUUUGGUAGGACCCGCCAGGAGGCCUCCGAGGAAGAGAAGACACGCCACGUUGGGUUGGUGUUUAAACAUUUGACGAUUCGAGGAAUGGGUGCGGGUGCGGCAUUGCAACCUACAGUUGGCGACAUAUUCCUGACACUGCCUCGAUUCCUCAGAAAUGUCAUUACCAAGGGCCCGCGACGAGCUGCGGGGAGGCCGCCCGUACCAACGCUCAUAGAUGACUUCUCCGGUUGCGUCAAACCCGGCGAGAUGCUGUUAGUGCUCGGCCGUCCGGGAGCAGGUUGCAGUACAUUCUUGAAAGUCAUCGGCAAUCAGAGAUUUGGCUUUGAAGGCAUCUCCGGUGAAGUCACUUAUGGUGGCACUGAUGCAAAGGAAAUGAAGAAGAAGUUCCGCUCCGAGGUGCUGUACAAUCCGGAAGAUGAUCUACACUAUGCGACGCUCAAAGUCAAAGAUACGCUUAAGUUCGCUCUCAAGACUAGGACGCCGGACAAGAGCUCGCGCAAAGAGGGCGAGUCAAGGAGUGACUAUGUCCGCGAAUUCUUGCGUGUAGUCUCGAAGCUAUUCUGGAUUGAGCACACAAUGAACACGAAAGUGGGCAAUGAGCUGGUCAGAGGCGUGUCUGGAGGAGAGAAGAAGCGAGUGAGCAUUGCAGAGGCAAUGAUUACAAAGGCUUCGGUACAAUCAUGGGACAAUUCUACGCGAGGCUUAGACUCAUCAACAGCCUUGGAAUAUGUCCAGAGUUUGCGGUCUCUCACUAAUAUGGCUCACAUAUCGACUUCUGUUGCUCUCUACCAAGCAGGAGAAUCGCUCUACGAACUUUUCGACAAAGUUCUUCUGAUCGACAAAGGAAGGUGCUGCUACUUUGGUCCGACGGAGAAGGCAGCAGCAUACUUCAAAGAUCUGGGAUUUGUGCAGCCGGACCGAUGGACCACGGCAGAUUUCCUGACGUCUGUGACGGACGAGCAUGAACGGAAUAUUAAAGACGGAUGGGAGGACCGGAUUCCUCGGUCGCCUGCUCAGUUUGCCCAAGCGUUCACCGAGUCCAAGCAGUAUGAGGACAAUCUGGAUGAGAUUGCCGAUUUCGAGACACAGUUAGAGGCCAUGGCCGAAGAACGUCGAGCUGCCCGGACAAAGUCUACGAAGAAGAAGAACUACACGUUGCCGUUCUACAAGCAGGUGACGGCAUGUACGCAACGCCAGUUCCUGGUCAUGAUCGGAGACAAGCAGUCGCUCUGCGGCAAGUGGGGUGGAAUCCUCUUCCAAGCGCUCAUCGUCGGCUCACUCUUCUACGAUCUCCCGAAGACGGCGGCAGGAGUUUUUCCUCGUGGCGGUGUUAUGUUCUUCAUGCUUCUCUUCAACGCGCUCCUGGCUCUGGCGGAGUUGACAUCCGCUUUCGUAAGCCGACCAAUCCUGUUAAAACAUAAGAGCUUCUCGUUCUACCGCCCAGCUGCCUUCGCUAUCGCGCAGACCCUAGUCGAUACUCCGUUGGUGGCAAUCCAGGUCAUAAUAUUUGACGUCGUUGUCUAUUUCAUGUCCGGACUCCAGAGAACCCCCUCACAAUUCUUCAUCUCCCUGCUCUUCCUCUGGAUUCUUACCAUGACGAUGUAUGCUUUCUUCAGAGCUCUGGGAGCGCUCGUCCGCUCUUUGGAUGUUGCUACGAGACUUACUGGAGUGGCCAUCCAAGCACUUGUCGUCUAUACAGGAUACCUGAUUCCGCCCCGCAAGAUGCAUCCUUGGUUCAGCUGGCUCAGAUGGAUCAAUCCUGUAGCGUAUGGGUUUGAAGCUCUUAUGGCCAACGAGUUCUACAACCUCGAAAUCCAAUGUGUCCCACCGUUUCUCGUACCACAGGUCCCAAAUGCGAGUCCUCAGUAUCAGUCUUGCACCAUCCAGGGCAGCACUCCCAGUUCGCUGACCGUUAGCGGAGCAAACUACAUAUCCGUCGCAUAUGGAUACUCUCGGUCCCAUCUGUGGCGUAACUUUGGCUUCAUCUGUGCAUUCUUUGGCUUCUUCGUCUUUCUCACUGCUUUGGGUAUGGAGCUCCAGAAACCUAACAAGGGUGGAGGCGCAGUUACCAUAUACAAGCGAGGGCAGGUGCCCAAAGUAAUCGAAAAGGCAAUAGAGAUGCCGAGAAAGAAUCCAGAUGAAGAGACUGGAGAGAGCGAUACAACCGAAGCUACACGCCAAAAAGAGGGCUCGGGAAGUGACAAGGAGGAUGGCGUCCCCACCAAAAGAGGUGUGGCGAAGCAUGAGGCCAUAUUCACGUGGCAAAACGUCACCUAUACGAUUCCUUACGAGAAGGGGGAGCGGGUCCUGCUGCAAGACGUGCAAGGUUACGUCAAACCGGGGAAGCUGACAGCAUUGAUGGGUGCUUCCGGUGCCGGCAAGACGACACUUCUCAACACUCUUGCACAGAGAAACAAUGUAGGCGUUGUGCAUGGCGAUUUCUUGGUCGAUGGAAGGCCACUCCCUGCUUCAUUCCAACGGUCUACUGGUUUCGCGGAGCAAAUGGAUGUACACGAGCCAACCGCUACAGUGCGCGAGGCACUCCGAUUCAGUGCAAAGCUGCGUCAGCCGAGAGAAGUCCCUCUCAAAGAGAAGUAUGAAUACGUCGAGAAGAUUAUCGAUUUAUUGGAGAUGCGGGACAUUGCUGGGGCGGCGAUUGGCAGAGUUGGCUCCGGACUGGAUCAAGAACAGCGAAAGCGCGUGACUAUCGGAGUUGAGUUGGCCAGCAGACCCGAGUUGCUGAUGUUCCUUGACGAGCCCACUUCCGGACUGGACAGCGGUGCAGCUUUCAACAUUGUUCGAUUCCUGAGGAAGUUGGCCGAUGCGGGCCAGGCAAUCUUGUGCACCAUCCACCAGCCGUCAUCGGUACUCUUCGAGUACUUCGACCAGCUAUUACUGCUCAAGAGCGGGGGGCGUACUGUAUACUUUGGCGAGCUUGGGCAGGACAGCCGGAUCCUGCUUGACUACCUCGAGCGAAACGGCGCCAGGAAGUGCCCGCCCGAGGCCAAUCCAGCUGAAUACAUGCUGGAGGCCAUUGGAGCUGGAGAUCCGAACUACAGAGGGCCGGAUUGGGGGGACAUAUGGGCUACGUCCGAAGAGAACAAGCGAUUGAGCGAAGAAAUACAAGGUAUUAUCCGCGACCGGAGGGACGCCUCGGGCAGUGAAACCCGAGACGAUCGUGAGUACGCCAUGCCGCUGUCUACGCAACUCGUGACUGUUAUUCACCGGAGUUUCGUGGCCAUGUGGCGCGACCCUGUCUAUGUGAGCGGUAUGUUUCUGCUGCACAUCUUCACGGGGCUUUUCAACUCGUUCACCUUCUGGAAACUGGGGAAUAGUCAGAUCGAUAUGCAGUCACGGCUCUUCUCCGCCUUCAUGACAUUGACUAUUGCACCACCUCUUAUCCAACAACUACAGCCGCGGUUCAUCCACAGCAGAAGCCUUUAUGAGGCUCGAGAAGGAAGCUCGAAGAUUUACUCAUGGCCUGCCUUCGUGUGGGGCUCCAUUCUCAGUGAGAUUCCCUACCGUCUCGUGGCCGGUACCCUUUUCUGUAAGUGAAGUCGAGGGCUAUGAUUGAUUGUACUCGGCUGACUAUGACAGGGUGCUGCUGGUACUGGCCGACAUUCUUCCCUCGUGACACAUACACAUCCGCAAGCGUGUAUGCCUUUAUGCUCAUCUUUGAGCUGUACUAUCUCGGUUUCGGGCAGGCGAUUGCAUCU